AUGGCGGCAGCGAGGCAUGAUGAGUUGAAGUUGGUGGAUGACGACUUCGAUGCGGACGUGUGCCAUCAUCCAGCAGGUCGAGUGCAACAACGACGUUGCACUUGGAAAAUCGUAAACACUGUGGCGGUGCUGGUCCUCUGCACUCUGCUCGUCGCCGCCAUUGCAGCCGCGGCAUUUUUGUGGCUGCCGCAGCUCUCUUAUGACUUCGGCGGGCAGGUGCUGCCCGUGGCCAGCUGCUUCAUCAGGCCGACCUUUAGCCUGGCCGAGCUGGACAUCCACCGAAACCUUCGCUAUGGCGGCGCAAUGAAUCCUUUUGCAGGCAGGUUCACUGAUCUAUACCUCGAUCUCUACACUCCGGGACGACUUGACACGAGGCGUGUUCGCCCCGCAGUUGUACUGCUGCACGGCGGGUACUUCACAUCAGGAAGACGGGAUGGUGAUUCCAUUCCACAACUAGCCAUGCUGCUGGCCCAGCGCGGAUAUGUGGUAGCAAGCAUCGACUAUCGGCAAAUACCGGUCAGCCAGAUUUCCAUGGAUUUGGUUACGAAGACUCCGGACAAAGCCAUACGCAUCGUUUCAAUGGUGCAGGAGGACGCGCGUGCGGCUGUGCGGUUUUUGCACAAGAUGGCCCAGGACUGGCGAAUCGACGUGAAUCGCAUUGUGCUGGGAGGUGAUUCUGCUGGUGCCAUAGCAGCCCUCUACUAUGGGUAUGUCCAGGGCGCUUCGGAGGGCCACAGUGGCAAUGAAGGAUAUCCCUCCAACAUCAGCGCAGUCAUGGCCAUCAGUGGGACCUUGAGGGGUGAUGCGUAUUGCAGCUAUGUCGAUCAAAACAUGAAAGCGCAGAAAUGCCUCAUCACCGCUCCGCCUGCUCCCGAUUUGGUCAAAGAGAUUUCAGCUGGAGAUGUACCUCUGCUGCUGUGGCAUGGACGGCAGGACAGAGUCAUUCCGGUCUCGAACGCGGUUGCGAAUCUGGAACGAGCCCAGGCCGUGGGAGUCCUCAGCCUGCUCUUGGUGAUCCCUGAUGGUGGACAUGUUCCGAUGAGCCAAGGUCUGGAUCCUUUUGGUCCAUAUCUACCUCGCUGGCUAGCGUUCCUGGCAGGCCAUCCGCGGUGCAUUGAAGCUCACAGACGCAGAGUGCCGGUGACCUGGGAGAAGCGCAGGGAGAAUGUCUUCUUUGCUUGUGCUGCAGCUUUCGUACCAAGGCCCGAGAAGAGGUCCCGUACUCACACACUGAGCACCCAGAGUGACGAUACAUCGGUAGAGCAAUGCAUUUUUCAUGCCGCACGAAACGAUGUUUCGGUCGUGCAGAAUUGGAGUGAAGAUCCCGGGCCUUGCAAGAAAUAUUUGCAGGGUGAGUGGUUUCUGGACCCACCUCCGCCGCCGGCUUCGAGUGAUGGAGAUCUGCUUGGCUUCGACUUACUCCCAGGGUUGCUGAGGGACACGGACCCCGAGGAGGAGGAGGAGGAGGAGGAGGAGGAGGAGGUGGAUCACCUUUCCGCCAAUGCAAAGCUUGGCGAGAAGAAGGUCACGAAUUACUCUUGGAAUACGAAGCGAAAGCCGAACUCAUCUAACUCGCAGCGGAGCAAGGCCGGGCAGGUGACCACGGCGCCAACCGACGAUCAGCUUCGCACGAAAAUGGUAGCUGCUGUUCGGGUCGAAUUCUUCGAGGAGCAUCCCGAGCGCUCGCCGCUUUCUCGCUUCGGCGACUUGAACAUCAUGAAUCCGAAUCCAUUUUCAGGCGAGGCCAAAUACCGGAUGGCUCAGACUCUGACCGCAUCAUCGCCGGCGCUGCUUCAGGGCAAGCCUCACCUUCCUCAGCUUCCCCAAGCCUCGUUGACCCUGCAGCCGGCUAGUGGCAAGAAGGAAGCCUCCCGCAGAGGUCCGGCUUGGGGAUCGUGGCUUCGAUCAGGUGUGACACGAGACAAGACCAAGCUUUUGGCGAAUACUUUUUCAGGCUGGCAGUUUCCUUCGAAUGUCCAUCCAGACAGGUUUUACGAAUCGCUCCUCGACGAAGAGAAGCCGAAGUACGGGGCUGGAGCGCCCGCACACUGGCCUCUGGGUCACGAGAUGGAGUACGAGUGCCGUUUGGAUGACAUGGUGCUAUGCAGCAAAGUGCGUGAUGCUUAUGAGGUCGGCUUCCGAGGGAAGAAGCGGGACAAGCCGACGGCCACAGAGCAGCUGCUGGGAGGAACAGGCGACUCGAUGAGGAUCCGAAGAAUCGCCAAAGUGGAGCAGGUGAGCUGCGAUAACUGCGGCAUGAAUUUGGCAGAUGCUGACAAGCCGGAUGGACGCUUCUUCUACUACUGCCGCCGCUGUAAGCGGAGCGGAAGAAGGUUCGAGCUUUGUAUUCAGUGCCAUGUUCUGGAAAUUCUUCAAGGUGAAGGCAAGUACUCUGGUGACGGCUUUCAUCCUCAUUAUCUGAAAUGCCAGCAUCGGAUGUUGAUUCGAAGGCAAAGCCUGGAGAACGCUUAUCCGAGCUCUCCCCAUCUGCACCGCGUUCUUUGCGAUCUCUGCGGAAUUGUCGUCGUCGGUAGAGGUGCUUCAGACAGCGCCAAGGACCCAGGAUCAGGAUCUUUCAAAAAAGCUCAAGAGCUCAAGCAGGAUCCUGGAAAGAAAGCAUACAUCAUGUCCAAUGAGUUCUACGCUUGUCCUCAGUGUCCUGAGCAAACCGGACUUCGCUUCGAGCUCUGUGUGCCCUGUGCCACCAAGCUCACCGAGCGAGGUCGUGGCAUGCUCCGGCUAGAGACGACCCUUUGA